GUUCAAGUCGAAGCUGCUGACAGAUGCCAAUGGUGCGUGCUCUGAGCUGGGCAUCUCUGCCACCAACCCGACGGCCCCGACCAGGCUUGUCGUCUUCGAGCAGAAGCCCAAGGAGCACCAUUUGAUUGUUUGCACGCUCUGUAGCUGCUAUCCUUUGACAUUGCUUGGGCUUUCUCCAGAUUGGUAUAAGUCCAGGGAAUACCGCUCACGUGCUGUUCGUGAGCCUCGCGCGGUACUGAAAGAGUUUGGGACGGACAUACCUGCUGACAUGCAG